AUUCCAAGUAGUGACAGGUGGUUGACAAAGUUACUGUUUGCGCCACAACAUUCAACAAGUAUUUUGCCAAAAAUUAUAUAAAUUUUAAAAUGUUUCUAUAAGUUUAUAUGGAAAAUACAAUUUUGUCGUAUUGCACUAUGUCCCAGAAUUGUUCGGUUUCUUUGUACAGGACUUUGAUCGUUUUUUAAAGGGAUUUAAAGAUGAAAGGAGGUUAGGAAUGUGGAAAGUAGCCCAGAAAAAUACUGGAGGGCAAGUGAGUAAAUGUAAAUAGGGGUUGAUUUUCUUGCCUUGAUUAUGUUAUCAAUGACGAAUAUUAGAAAUUCCAGAGAUCAUGAGGUGAUGUAUUUAGAGACAUGGCAGAAUUCUUGCCACUAUGCGACUUGCUCUUCAACGUAGUCUCCCUUGCAGCAUAUUUCUGUGAUCUGGUAUUUGAUAUCCUGGUUGUAUAUGCUCUCUAUGAAAAGGGCUUAAUGGUGCUCUUUUCUCAAUGCCUGGCAGCCAUAAUUAUUAGUAUAGUUGUCUCCCAAAUUCUGUCAAUGCACUGGUAUCUACAAUGUACUGGCAAAACAAGUACCCAUUGGCAGAAAUGGAUUGUGAUAAUACUGCAUAUUUUGCAACUGGGCGUUUUAUGGCGAUAUGCUCGACUCCUUGUACCUGUUCAGUUAGCUAGUGUUAAGCGUGAAGUUAGAGACUUGUGUAUUUUAAGAAUUGUGCACGGGUUCUUACAAGCUGCCCCAAUGUUGCUUCUACAACUCACAUUGUUACCAGGAGUGGAAGGUGGUCCCCAAACGGAUCUAAUAAAAGUAUCCUCAGCUCUCUCCCUGUUUUCAAUAUGUUGGGCACUAGCUUCAUUCAGCAAACACAUACAAAGCAUCGACCGCUUAGUACUGACAUGGCUGGGUGUAGUGUCCCAACUCUUAUGGAGAGGAGGCACUGUAACAGCACGUGCCUUAGCCCUGUCAGCCUAUGCAGCUAGUUACAAUUCUUGGGUAUUUUUAGUACUGGCCCUCCACUGGGCAUGCAUGUUCCUGUGGUUACUCUCGCCUAGAAGUCCGUUCCAUGGACAGAGAGGAAGCAAACUGGGAGUAUGUGCCCUUAUAGCAGCUAUUUAUAUUUUGGCUUAUAUAAAUCUUCAAGAUAAGCCGCACCGAAGAACAAUGGGGAUAUUUUAUGUAGUUAUGUUACUUGAGAAUUGUAUGUUGGUAGGGGCUUGGGUAGCAGCUGUGUGGCACGUAAGGCCUCCACAUUGGGAAUUGGUGCCAAUCUUAACAGUAUCCUUAUUUGCUGCAGGCAUAAUAUUUAUGCUUGUGUAUUACAAGUUUUUCCAUGUGAAACGUCUCAUGGAGAAACCGUCCCAUCCACCUGGUGUGUUCAAUUGCCGUUUUAGUAGUCCCUCUGCUUCUGCUCUGUAUCGAAAAAAGAAGAAACCAACUACUUUUGUACCGCCUCCCGGUUUAGGUCCAGUCACCGUUCCAUUCUGGAGACGACCCCUACCAUCUUCAAGUGAAAAUGAAGGAAGCAGUGUAGGUUCCCGAGUGAACAUCCACCAAAAACUUCAGGAGAAAAAACAGAAACAGUUGGCGGAACUCAAAAUAAUCGAAGAAGAAAUAAAGCAGGGUAAAUUAGUUGGUCCAGAAGGAGCAGAAUUCGACGAUAGACAACCGAUACCAAGAGCCAAACGCCACGUUGAGCCUCAACUGUUUAGUUUGUCAUCACUGAAUAAUUUGGCGAAUUAUGGGAUCAUAACCCGUAGGCCACCCCCAAGAGCACCCAGAAGCAGAACCCCCGAACUUCUUCUGGCUCCCAGAUACCUCUAUUGCGAAUGUACAAUCCCCGAACCGGAAAUAGUAGAAGUUCCCGUCCCACACACGUCCUCCGAUUUGGAGAGCCAAGUCUCUUUGCCACGUUCCUACACACUACCCCGAGAAUUCAAAUAUUACAGAAGGCAAAGAGUGGGAAGACCUAUUCAACCGAUUCCUUCCACUAAUAGUAGUGAUGGAGAUGUAGAUAGUGGAGACGACGAAUCAGACUGUAAUCCUCCUCCUCCUACGGUUGUAAGGCCACUGAGGAGGCAUUUUAGGCACGAAACUAAAUUAUAGUCAGAUAACUAUGAACAAAAUACGAUUGAGGGUUGUGGUAAGUGACAUAAAACAUUCAUUUUGAUAGAAAAAUGUCCACUACAAAAUAACACCAUUCUCUAAUAAUUAAAGGACACAUUUUUGUACCUCGUUUCUUUCUUAACACGUUCGUUGCCUAUCUUGAACAAGCGCCACUUGGCUGGUACCACGUACUUAAAUCAUUUAUUUAGUAACAAAACUAUUGACGUCACUUAUCGGUACCUACGGUACCUUUGAUAAAACUUUCGUGACGCUACUCGUACGUCAUGGACAUCGAACGUGUUAAACAGUGACAUUUAACAAUGUCAACAGGUAUGGUCCUUUUCAUGAGCAUUUUUCAGUGCGUUACAAAUGAUAGAAAAAAAGUUAAGUCCAUGAUAACACACAUUUAUAACAUUUAUUCUAGCAUGACAUUUUAGUUAAAUCUGACAGUUGUCACACAUUUUAUUUGUAAUUUGGUAUAAAAACAAAUUAAUUGUGUUUGUUACAUUUAUAAAAUGGUAUUUUCUUUGUCUUGUAAAUUGUACAGAUUAUAUUCGUAGAUAUAUUAUAUAAUUCGUAACUAAUUUUUUUUCGAUUAUAGCGCCAUCUAUCGACAACUAGAAUAAAUGUUAUAAAUGUUUGUAAUCACCGACGGCGACGUGCCUUUUUUCAGUCACAUACAAUUUAAUGCGUUAGAAAGAAAUCGAAAAAGUGUGACGCACUGAAAGAUGCUCAUGAGAAAAAGAUUAUUUAAAUAUACGUGUGUUUAAAUGAAACACAUCUUUGGUCAGGUUAGCCUUGUAAACAAUUGUAAUCAUUAAACUGACAUUCUGAAACGUCAGUUGUUUGUAAGCGACACACUGAUUAGUUCAUAUCAUUUGUAUUUGACUGUGAUUUUAAGUAUUGUGACUUAAAAAUAGCGUCUUUUUUUAACAAUCUGUCCAAAUAUAAUCAUCAUGCGGUAUUUCGAAGUAUGUACUACAUUCUGUCAGUGGCGUAUCCAGGGGAGGGCGAUCGCCCCCCCCCCCUCUGAAAGCAAGUUAUACAGUAUGUCCCCGUAAGUUGUAUCCAUAUGGGAAACUUUUCUAUUAUUAAUUUUAUGAAAAAAAGUUAUUAUUCAUAAAAAGCUCUGCAUGGUCCAAAAACUAAGAUUUAACCAUCAAAUAUCAAUUUUUUUUUAAUAUUAUACGAGGUAUGUCAAAAAGUUUGAACUUCACUCAAGAGUAAAGUAGUUUUAUUUUUCACAAUAUUGAAAAUUGUUAUUAUGAAAAGUUUUUUGGAAUUACAAAAUAUAUUCUAGUAUGCAAUUACAUCCUUCUAAUUGAAAAAAAUUUUUUUUUGAAAAAUUAUGGAUAACUAACAUUAUUUUCAGUUAUUUCAAUUCAGAUAACUCUUUUAUUAUUAAUUUUACGAAAAAAAGUGAUCCUUAAUUAAAAGUUCUGCAUGGUCUAAAACCUAAAAUACAAACAUCUUAUGUCAAAUUUUAUCAAUUUUAUACGAGGUAUGUCAAAAAAUAUGAAUUUCGCUCAAGAGUAAAAUACGUUUAUUUUUCACAAUAUCGAAAAUUGUUAUUAUGAAAAGUUAUUUAGAAUUAAAAACUAUGUUUCAGUAUAUAUUUACAUUCAUUUAAAUGAAAUAUUCUGAACUAUAAAGGUACUUAACUUUUGAUCUAAAUUUAUCUUUUUUGACAUACCUCGUAUAAAAUUGAUAAAAUUUGAUAUAAGAUGUCACUUUGUAGUCAACGUUGGCCUAAGAUGGUUGAUUAAGUUUCUUGAUAGAGUUUCACCAUGUUCCCGGAGGUUAUAUCUUUUAACAUCGGCGUUUAGCCUGAUCAAUACUACUUCAACAUAAUGUAGAUUGAAUUAUAAUUGAACCAUUGUUUGGUUCUGGGACUAUUUAGUAAGUAUUUGAAUUCACUGAUGAUGGACUGAUAGGUCCGAAAACGUUCUCAAUUGGACAUAUUGUAUUCAAUCCACUGGGAUUUUUUAAAAAUUUUAAUAAACAUACCAAUUACAUAGAAGUGAUUUUUAUUUCAUGUUAGAGUUUUUUAACUACAAUGGUAUACAGCUAGCCUAGGGAACUACCCCCUUUUUAGUUUUAAGUAUGUAUUUAUUUCUUCUUCUAAAGGUUUAUAUGCCUGCUUUAUAGAUUGUGAAAAGGCGUUUGACAGACUAAAUAAAGGCACGACCAACUCAUGACAAUUUUGAAAGAAAAGCAAAUAGACAAGCGAGAUAUAAGAAAACCACAACCAGACAGCGCACAUAAAAAUAGAUAACAUAAUCGAAGAACAUCAAAAUUAAAAAAAGGGGUACGGCAAGGUCGCAUUCUCUCUACAUUGAGAGUUGCAGAGAAUAUUCCAUAAAGUCUAUACAACAAGUUUACAUUAUAGCUUAUGAUCUUGGAUAAAACAAAUAUUGAUGGCUAAAAUAUGGGACGCGUAUAUAAAUAUAAAUACCUUGGAACUAUAAUAAAUGUGUUCAACAUUAAACGUUGCCUGAAUUAACCCAAAAACAACUACAAAAUGAGGUUAGUCUACAAAAUGAGAAUGUUAUGUCACUUAACCAAAAAUUUAACCCACAUCUUGAAGUGUCCAACUCAAUCCUUCAAUUACCCUAUUAUUUAUUUGUAAAGCCUUAAUAAUUGUGUCUUAAAUAUUGCAAAAGACUUAAGAAUUUAGAUAUUUCUGGCUUCUAUUGGCCUAUCUAUUGUGAUUGUAAACUUUUUAUAUAUAUAUGAUUUAAUAGUUUUUUUAUGAUAUAUUAAAAUUUUUAUAGAACUUUUUGUACUUUUUAUAUACAUUUUAUUGUAUUUUUGUAUUAUUUAUUUCUGUAAAUCUAAUAUACUUUUAUACAUAUAUUUUAUAAGA